AUGAUGUCAGCAAACCCGCGACUCAAGGAUCUUCCCAAUGAUGAGAGACCUUCUCUCGACGGCAUCUCAAGCACAUCGACCCCUGAUCUCGAAUCACAAGAACACAUCCUCCAGUUCCAAGUCCCAGUCGAAGUUGAGCGACGCAACAUCGGCCUCAUCGUUCUCGAUUCCGUUGCUUCCAACUACCGAGCUGAGUUUGAGCGCGGUGCUAUGGGCAACCAGGGAUCAAAUAUGGGAGCUCGAAGUCACGAGUUGACACGGCUGGGUGCCUUGCUUAGAGAGCUGGCUCAAAAGUACAACCUGGCUGUCGUGGUAUCCAACCAGGUUGCGGAUCGAUUCUCCAGCCCACUUGCGGUCUCCAGAAUGCCGCCGCCCAGUACCAACGUAAGGUUCACUCAAGAGAGCCCACUGGCGUCAAGGAGUAGAGGUCCGCCGCCAGACUUUUCAUUAUCCGCCGUCGAGCCACCGUCGUCCAUGGCAGAGCAGUUGCGGUCUAGCAUGCCAGAACCUCCCGGAUUCGAUGAUGUCGGACCCCCAGCCCUGCCCGCGAUGGCAUUGGAUCAUCAGCAACGGUGGUUUACAGGAUGGGGUGACGACCCUCUAGCCGAUUACGGCCUCAAGACACCAAGUCUGGGACUGGUCUGGUCGACGCAGAUCGCCUGCCGCGUUGCGCUAUUCAAAAAACCGGUCUACGGAGUUCAUCGACAUGUGGACGAUGAAGCUGAGGAUGGAGGGGUGCCAGCGCUCAAGAACUGGCGUCGGUGGAUGAAGGUGGUCUUCGCUCCGCAUGCCAAGGCGACAGGACAGGGAUUGGACGGCGCCGUUGAGUUCGCGGUGACGAUGGCAGGGUUGAAGGCUGUCACAAAAAAGACGAAAGCCGAUGGCUUGCCCGUUAUCGCUAAGGAGUCACGAUGA